CAUACAUCAAUUGUUUUGCAUUGCUAUUUUUUACCAUUACCACCUCCUCUGGAGAAAUAUAAACAAUGAAGAAUUUCCAAUUCGGUUUCCUUCCUUCGUUUUGCGCGAAUUCCAAUCUGAAAAAAGUCUAGUGUUUGGCAAUAAAAGUGUAGAAUAAACACUAUAUUAAAGUAAUGAAUUACUAGUGAAAAGUGCAGUAGAAAGUGGACUAAAAGAGUUAUGGGUAAAGAAGUGUCUGCUGCCAUAAAGUACGCAACAAUGCCUGUCUACGAUGUACUAUAUGAGCGCCUCUCCAAGGUGGGCCAGGAGCAUUUGCUCAAGUUCUGGGAUGAGUUAACGCUCGAACAGCAGGAGAUUUUGGUGCGUGAUAUUGAGGAGCUGAAUCUUAAUGAGCUGAAAUUAUAUUUUGAUCGUGCCACGGCUUCAUUGCAAGAGAAUGGCAUUAAGCUGGACGAUCGCAUGCAACCAGUGCCCGAGGAGAAGUUGGUUAGCAUUGAGCGUACAGCGGAAGAGCGACUCAAGACUUACGAAGAGGAGGGUUUGCAACAGAUUAGCGCUGGGCAUGUCGCUGUCUUGCUGUUGGCUGGCGGGCAAGGCACCCGUUUGGGCUUUCCUCAUCCGAAGGGCAUGUACGACGUGGGUUUACCAUCGAAUAAGUCACUCUUUCGUCUACAAGCUGAACGCAUACAAAAACUUGAGGAAUUAGCUUAUGCCGCUACUGGACGACGCGGUGUGAUCACAUGGUACAUCAUGACCUCGGAACACACAAUACAACCAACAAAUGAAUACUUCAUGGCCAACAACUACUUUGGUUUGAAAAAAGAAAAUAUCAUACUCUUCGAACAGGGUUCAUUGCCAUGUUUCGAUUAUGAUGGACGUAUUAUAUUGGAUGAAAAAUAUCGUGUUGCACGCGCACCCGAUGGCAAUGGUGGACUGUAUCGGGCGUUGAAACAGCAAGGCAUUUUGGACGAUAUAAAUAAACGUGGCAUUCUAUAUUUACACGCACAUAGUGUGGAUAACAUAUUGACUAAGGUUUCCGAUCCAGUUUUCAUCGGUUAUUGUGUGCAGGAGCAUGCCGAUUGUGCUGCCAAGGUGGUGGAGAAGUCACAUCCAAAUGAGGCGAUCGGUGUGGUGGCCAUUGUGGAUGGUAAGAAUCAAGUGGUUGAGUAUAGUGAAAUUUCAGCGAAAACCGCUGAAAUGCGUAAUGCCGAUGGACGUUUAACCUUCAGCGCUGGUAAUAUUUGCAAUCACUUUUUCACUGCCGCCUUUUUGAUGAAAAUCGGUGAAACAUUCGAAAAGGAAUUGAAAUUACAUGUUGCCAAAAAGAAGAUACCGUUUGUUGACAAUUCCGGCAAACGUAUCACGCCCGAAAAGCCGAAUGGCAUUAAAAUUGAAAAGUUCGUCUUUGAUGUGUUUGAAUUCGCACAGAAAUUUGUCGCCAUGGAAGUACCGCGGCACAUCGAGUUCAGCGCGUUAAAGAAUUCCGAUAGCGCGGGCAAAGACUGUCCAUCGACGGCGCGUACAGAUUUAUACCGCCUGCACAAACGGUAUAUUGAGGCAGCUGGUGGCAUUGUGCAUGGCGAAGAAUGCGAAAUCUCGCCAUUUAUCAGCUAUGCUGGCGAAAACUUGAAACCACUGGUGGCUGGCAAAUCGUUCACAAGCCCCGUUUACUUGCGCAGCAACCGGGAUCCCUAUCACGGACACUUGUAACUUGUAAAUUGUUUUGUAAUGGCGAAGCCAAUGAUGAUGAAAAAUGCAAUAAAUUUUCGACUGAUGAGCACUGCGUGCGGUUUUUAAUGCAGUAA